AUGUCCCUGUUACGUCUUCUUCGCGUGUGGGUAGCCACACUGUCGAUCGGAAUGCUGGUGUUUACUGGAAUUGUACUGUUCACAUAUGAAAUACGCACACGGACUAUGUGGCGGAAACAGAUGGGCGACUUAGUCAACAUAGAGUACAGGGACAUAGAACAAGGAAAGAUCUCAGCCAACACUAGUAGUCUGCGUGAACCCCAUGUGACAAACGAUAAGUACUUCUCAGCAUCAUCGAAUCAUGAUUUGAAAAAUGAAGUUCGGGUACUCAUUUUUGUGUUGACGUCUUCUAAGACGGCUUCUGAGCGGCUAUCCCUGGUACAGGAGACAUGGGGACGACGCUCAAAUAAGAUAUUAUAUCUUAGUAGUAAUGCUGAUUCCAACAUGUCGAUCAUCGGUCUGGGCGGGACGGAUGGUUACGAGACACUAUGGGGAAAAACUAAAAGAGCAUUUUCUUACGUGUACAACAAUCAUUUGAACGAUGCUGAUUGGUUCAUGAAAGUCGAUGACGACACCUACGUGGUUGUUGAAAAUUUGCGGCGCAUGCUCCGUGGUUACAACGCGUCGAAGCCGCUCUUCUUUGGACACCGUUUUCGUUAUCCUUCUUCCGUCCGCCAGAGUUACAUGAGUGGAGGCGGUGGUUACGUACUCAGCAAAGCAGCUCUGGCAAGAUUUGUAAGGCUCGGACUGCCAAACGCCGUUGCGUGCGAGCAAAACGAUAUGGGUGCCGAGGAUUAUUUAAUGGGAAGAUGUCUCGAGAGAGUUGGUGUAGUACAUGGAGAUUCACGGGAUUCCAGAGGCAGACAACGUUUUCUUCCCUUAUCACUUUUCCAUCAUUUCAACGGUAAUUACCCCAAAUGGAUGUAUGAAUAUGAAUAUUAUCCGUUAAGAUCAGGCAGGCAGUGUUGUUCUGAUAGCCUAGUGAGCGCACACUACGUACGUGGAAAUGACAUGCAUUUGAUGGACUACCUUAUUUAUGGACUAAAUCCUGAAUAA